AUGGGGCUGUCCACUUGUGCGAAACCUAGCGGUCCGCCAGGCAGCGCACACGCUAUCACUCCCUCCCCGAACAGAACUAUUACUAAUUUUAAAAAAGGAAAAGAGUAUCUGGUCAGACUUUUUUUUAAUUUUCAGAGUAUUGUAAGAGCUCACGAGAACAUGGUACCAGCUCAACUGUUCUAUGGUACAACUCGAGUUUGGAACGCGCAUAUGAACAGAUCUCCGUACUCAUACGAGUAUAAUCCACCUGAAGAAAGAAUGAGGUUCGACCAGAACACAGAUAACACUCUCACCCAAGUCCGCAUUGUAAAGGAGAACGGGGACCUGCACGGCGUCCUGAACUGGUUCUCAGUUCACACUGUCAGCAUGAACAUGACCAACACCCUUAUAUCCUCCGACAACCUCGGCUACGCAGCCUUGAUGAUGGAAAAGACGCUCAACCCUACCAGCAUGACUGGGAAGCCAGAAAUCGUGGCUGGUUUCUUCGCGUCCAGUCUCGGUGACGUGUCUCCCAACACUCGAGGUGCUCGUUGCGAGUUCAGCGGUGAGGAAUGCGACAACCAGUUCCUGUUAUGCGAGGCCCAGGAGCGAUGCUACUCCUUAGGGCCAGGGGACGACAUGUUCGAGAGUACCAAGAUCAUUGGCACUGCUGUUUAUGAAGGGGCUAUGGAAGUACUAAGCAGUCCCGGUGAAGAAUUAAAAGGAGAAUUAGCAGUGGUGCAUCAGUUCGUCGAGAUGCCUUUGCAGACCGUGUCACGGUACGAUCCUAUCGCCAGGACAUUCAAUGCUGAUGAACCUGUUAGUGGGUGUGUACCAGCGAUGGGCUACAGUUUCGCAUCAGGAACCAUUGAUGGAGCUAACACGCUUAACAUAACUCAGGGAACUGUUCAGGGUAACGACCUUCUGGACACAAUCAGUGGUGUCAUCGCAGAGCCUACACAAGAAGACGAGGAGUGUCAUGCUCCUAAACCAAUUCUACUGAUGACAGGAAGGGCCAACUUCCCAAUCCCCUGGCACCCUCGCACCAUAUCCGUCAGUCUGAUCUGGCUGGCGGAUUUCGUCAUCGCAGGAGUGCCUGGGGAGCCUACCACCAUGACUGGAAGACGGAUCAAAGACGUCAUCGGAUCAGUCAUGGAGAACCAUGGCUUCGAACCCAAAGUGGCUGUCUCCAGUCUUAGCAACGAGUAUAUUCACUAUGUGUGCACUUAUGAGGAGUAUCAGGUACAACGUUAUGAAGCAGCAUCCACGAUCUACGGCCCUCACACUUUAGACAUUUUCUUGAACAAAUUCUCAGAGUUCACUACAGUCGCUAUUGAGGGUGGCGACGUGGAACCAGGCACAGAGCCAGCUGAUAACCGCAACGGCACUCUCUCCUUGAUCCUGCCCGUGGUGAUGGACAACGCUCCUCUCGGCAGGAGCUUCGGAGACGUCCUGGAGCAACCACCAGAAACCGUCCGUCGCGGACAGACCAUUACUGCUACUUUUGUAGCCGCAAAUCCUCGUAACGACUUGAGGCAAGAGUCAAGCCACGCAGUGGUGGAGAGAUUUGAACUUGGUCAGUGGAUCGUGGUAGCCACUGAUGCUGAUUGGGAGACCAAGUUCCACUGGGUGCGCCAGUCCACCAUAACCGGUACCAGCAGAGCGACCUUCGAAUGGACCAUACCCUCAGACGCCAUCUUCGCACCACACCGGAUCGUCUACUACGGCGCUUCCAGGAGUCUACUUGGUACUGUCAACCAGUUCGAAGGUGUCACAAAUAGCUUUAAUAUUGUUCAAUAAAUUAAUGUAUACACCUA